AAGCUAGCCCGGGGAAUCAAUCCAGCGGAACCAAGGUCGACGCCGACGACACUCGAGGACUUCACACUCUCAGCGAUUGCGACGCGUAAGAGAAGGUCUAGCGUUUUGCCAUGACGAGUUUGCAAUUGGGCAAGAUUGCUCGUGAGAUUCCCCUGCACAAUAGACCGGCACGAUUGUACAAAUGUAUCAUGCGGGAAGUGCCACGCGUCCUGAUGAUUUACGAUCUGAUGAAUAUUAGUCGCGCGGACGCGAAAAAGGCAAUUCGCGAUCACUUUUAUCACAACAAGGACGUCAAGGACCAACGUGUGCAAGAUAUGCUGGUAGAGAAGGGCUACAUUGAUUUGGAAGAUACGUUGCUACAACACAAGCAAAAGACACAUUUAAUGGUGUUGCUUGAAGGACCGAUCGGCACCGAUUUCAACGACAAACGAUUGGGCGCCAACGCCUCGGAAGAAGAACAGUUUCAUCGUUGGGUGCAGUAAGGACCAGUACGGGUCGAUGCCAAUGGUGUUUUUUUUCGUGAAUAGUAUCUUUUUAUAACCAACGCACAGUCGA